AUGGACCCACCUGGACCUGGACCCGGGUCUAAAACCAGAAAUAAACCCAGACCUAAACCUGCUCCCAGCUCUGUGUCUCUGAAAAGUGAUGACUCCAGACAUCUUCCUCCUUUAUUUAAAGAAGCUCCUCCUGAAGACCAGAGCUCCUACAACAUGGACCCACCUGGACCUGGCCCCAGGUCUAAACCCAGACCUGAACCUGCUCCCAGCUCUGUGUCUCUGAAAAGUGAUGACUCCAGAAACCUUCCUCCUUUAUUUAAAGAAGCUCCUCCUGAAGAACAGAGCUCCUACAACAUGGACCCACCUGGACCUGGUACCAGGUCUAAACCCAGACCUGAACCUGCUCCCAGCUCUGUGUCUCUGAAAAGUGAUGAGUCCAGAAACCUUCCUCCCACAUUUAGAGAAGCUCCUCCUGAAGACCAGAGGGAGCCAGGCCCAAAGGAGCAGCUGGACGCCAUAUUCAGGCGUCUGGAGGAGGACGUCCUGACUUUUGUCAAAGAGCAGCUGCAGAGGCUCCACAGGCUCCUGGCCUCAGAUUACCCAGAAUGCUCUGAGAGUGCGGAGGAGGAGCAGAGCAGCAGAGAGGUUCUGAACAUCACCCUGGACUUCCUGAGGAGGAUGGACCAGGAGCAGCUGGCCCAGCGCCUGCAGAACAGAAAAACUGUUGGAGUUUGUAGAGAUGAACUGAAGUGUGAUCUGCAGCAGAGGUUCAGUCGUGUGUUUGAGGGCGUGGCUAAAGCAGGAGACUCCGCCCCCCUGACCCAGAUCUACACAGAGCUCCACAUCACAGAGGGCGGAGCCUCAGAGGUCAACCAGGAACAUGAGGUCAGACUCAUGGAGACGGCGUCCAGGAGACCGGCCGCUCCAGAGACCAUCACAUGUGAAGAGCUCUUUAAACCCCGCCCACAUUCACCACAGCCAAUCAGAUUUGUGUUGACGAAGGGCGUGGCCGGCGUGGGGAAAACAGUGCUGACUCAGAAGUUCAGUCUGGACUGGGCUGAAGGCCGGGCCCACCAGGACCUCCAGCUGCUGUUCCCGUUCACUUUCAGAGAGCUCAAUGUGCUCAGAGACACACAGUUCAGCCUGGUGGAGCUGCUGCACCACUUCUUCAGUCCAUCCAAACAUCUCUGCAGCUUCCAACAGCUCCAGGUGCUCUUCAUCUUUGACGGUCUGGACGAGUGCAGACUUCCUCUGGACUUCAGCCGAACCCGAGUCCUGACCGACCCCACAGAGUCCACCUCAGUGCACGUGCUGCUGGUGAACCUCAUCAGGGGGAGCCUGCUUCCCUCCGCUCUCCUCUGGAUAACCACGCGCCCCGCCGCGGCCAAUCAGAUCCCUGCUGAGUGCGUCUCCAUGGUGACAGAGGUCAGAGGGUUCACCGACCCACAGAAGGAGCAGUACUUCAGGAAGAGGUUCAGAGACCAGGCCACAGUCGUCAUCCCCCACAUCAAGAGCAUCCGCAGCCUCCACAUCAUGAGCCACAUCCCGAUCUUCUGCUGGAUCCUCUCCACAGUUCUACAGAAACUUCUGGAACAAACAGAACCAGAGCUGCCCCGGACUCUCACACAGAUGUACGUCCACUUCCUGGUGGUGCAGGCCAAAGUCCAGAACAUCAAGUAUCACCAGGGAUCAGGGGAGGACCUUCACUGGACUCCAGAGACCACGGGAGAUGGUGAAGUCUGGGAAAAACUGGCCUUUGAGCAGCUGCAGAAAGGAAACCUGAUCUUCUACGAGAGUGACCUGAGCGAGUGUGGGCUGGACGCUGCAGCGGCCUCAGUGUACUCCGGAGUGUUCACACAGGUCUUUAGAGAGGAGCCAGGCCUGUACCAGGACAAAGUCUACUGCUUCAUCCAUCUGAGUGUGCAGGAGUUUCUGGCUGCUCUUCAUGUCCAUCAGACCUUCUACAGCUCUGGAGAGAACCUCCUGGAGGUCCACAUGACGUCACAUCUUCCAAAACUGUUUAAAAGAAAGACUAGACUGAGAAAUCUCUACCACUCUGCUGUGGACCAGGCCUUACAGAGUCCAAACGGACACCUGGACCUGUUCCUGCGCUUCCUCCUGGGACUGUCUCUGCCGACCAAUCAGAGGCUGCUGCAGGGUCUGCUGACUCAGACAGAAAGUGACUGGACCAAUCAGAAGACAGUAAAGUACAUCAAACAGAAGUUGAAUGAAAAGGGUCUGUCUGCAGAGAGAAGUCUGAACCUGUUCCACUGUCUGAACGAACUGAACGACCAAAGUCUGGUGGAGGAGAUACAAGAGUAUAUGAGAGGAGGACAGCGGUCCUUGUUAAGUUCUCCUGCUCAGUGGUCGGCUCUGUCCUUCCUCUUACUGUCCUCAGACUCAGACCUGGAGGAGUUUGAUCUGAGGAAAUACCAGGGCUCAGAGACAGCUCUCCUGAAUCUGCUGCCGGUGGUCAGAGCCUCCACCAAAGUCCUGUGA